AUGGACGCAAAUUUGGCUCGUGUGGGCGUGAGCGACACCGCGCUUCGUGCGCACUAUUCCAAUGCUGUCUGCGAUGAGCUACAGGAGGCUGAUAAGAGGCUGCAAAAGGCACUGGCAGCACUAAAGCGCGCCUUACAAGUGGCGGAAGCGUCGCGAGAGUUACACAAGUCUUCACUGGCGCUGGUGGACGAGUCGCCCGACGUUUCUAGCAUGAUCUCGAGAACCGCAUACAACAAGCUGCAGUCCACGUGCCGUGAGCUUGCAGAUGCCAACGACCGAGGUAGCGACGUUGCGUCGUACAUGGACGACAUCCAGGCAGUGCUAACCUUUAUGGCCCCGUGUCUUGUUGGCGCGCAAGUACCUUUCGGUCGGAAAGAGCUGAGGAGUAUAUUGUUGCUUCUGCAGCGUUUACCUCGCGAGUUUCCCGAGACCGCAAAGCUACGCAAACACAUUGCUGCCAACUUCGAGACUCCAGCUGAAGAGGUGGUGGAUGUCCAAGAACAACUGAAGAAGAUGCUGAAGGAAACGCCUCCAGAUCAGUCGCUGACGAGCUACAUGAGUGGCGAGAACAACGAGAAGCACUACUUCACCGAGGAGUUUCCCGAGCAUGACUAUAAAUGCACGACCGAGUCUUCUCACCCGCAGACGCCACUUUGGCCGGCCUAUCUGCCAGUGAAUCAAGACCGAAUUAUCGUCUUCGAGCGUAGCAAGAAUGCGCAGCUCGUCGUGUACUCGGCCAAUUUCCGUGAUAAGAAGCGCCGUGAGCUAGACCCGAAGUGGCCGCUGGACAUCAACUGGCAAAGCUUCGGCUGGACGGACCACCCCACGAGUAAUUCCACUGGAAUGAUCGAACGAAAGCUGGCAUGGGGCUACUCGCACAAAGCCGUAAAGCCAGAGAGCCCUGUUGCCGUUGAAGCGGUUGGCAGCAGCUACACGGUGACAUUGAAUGCACUGCCCAGUCGCCCUUCUCUGCUCUACGUAGACGCUAAAGGGCGUGUCAUCUUACAAACCACGAUCGAUGGUGCGCCGUCGCGUCUCUGGAAGAUCUACGUGAAAACUAUCAACAGCGUUGCCUUCAUCCCCAAGGUGCUGUACGUCGACCUCUACGGUACGCACGUCGACGACGACCACGCUACCUACGAGCGCAUCACUUUCUCGUCCUAA